AUGACGUUGGGAACGCCAAAACGGUUCGUCUACGAUCCAGACAACGGGCUCGUUUUCGACCGGUGGUACCGGAAGUACGAAGACCUUUUCCUCAAGGACGGAGCGAAGUUGGACGAUGCGGCGAAAGUGCGGUUGCUGUUGAUAAGCCUCAGCGUGACGAUGCACGACAAGUACGUCAACUUCGUGCUCCCAAAGCACACCCAUGAGUACUCGUUCGAUGAGACGGUGAAGAAGCUGACAGAGCUAUUCAGCGUCCGAAUCUCCCUGUUCAGCAAGCGGUACCAGUGCUUCCAGCUAACGAAGCAUGACGCGGACGACUUUCUAACGUACGCUGGGACGGUCAACCGAUGCUGUGAAGACUUCGAGCUCAGCAAGAUCACGGAGGACGUAUUCAAGAGCCUGAUUUGCACCUGUGGGCUCCGAUCAUCGAAGGACGCAUACAUCCGAACGAGACUCCUAUCCAAGCUUGAGGCUAACGCGGCGGGUGAAUGCACUCUGGAAUCAUUCAUCACGGAGUGCCAACGUCUGCAAAACCUCAAGCACUACACGGCCAUGGUGGAACACAAGAAAUCGGUGAGUACAAUCUGCGCAGUCAAGCAGAACAAGCCUCCACCGAUGACACCGAGUUCCAAAGAGAAGCAGAAGACGAAGUCCGAAGGUCCAAAAACACCCUGCUGGCAGUGUGGCGGAAUGCACUACGUCCGGGACUGCACCUACACGAAGCACGUUUGUCGGGACUGCAAGCAAACCGGCCACAAAGGAGGACGGAAGCUCCUAACGGUGGAUAUCAACGGGUCUCAAGUCACUCUGCAGUUGGACACCGCAUCCGACAUCACCAUCGUUUCGAAGAAGCAGUGGAAGAAGAACCUGGGCUCGCCAACGCUGACUCCCACAACACGGACUGCCCGGACUGCGUCGGGUGACGCUUUUCAUCUACUUGGUGAACUCCGAGUCCCAAUCAAACACGAAGGUGUCACCAAAACCGCAACUUUCUACGUGACCAACAAUAGCAUCAACCUGAUCGUGUUCAAGAACGGCCUCGGACACUGCAAGAAGAUGAAGGUCCGACUCUAUCUCAAGCCCGAUGCCAAACCCGUUUCACCCGUCGACCGACUUCAAUCGCUGGGCAUCAUCACGCCUGUCGAUUUCUCGCAGUGGGCGGCUCCGAUCGUCGUAGUGAAGAAGCCCGCAGGAAAAGUACGAAUCUGUGCCGAUUACUCAACUGGACUGAACGCUGCCCUGGAGCCCAACCAUUACCCGCUACCGGUCCCUGAUGACAUCUUUACCAAGCUCAAUGGGUUGGACGUUGACGACGACUCGAAGCAGCUGCUCACAAUCAACACGCAUCGAGGUCUCUUCCGCUUCAACCGGCUCGCACCAGGAGUAAAAUCCGCUCCAGGGGUUUUUCAGCAGUUGAUGAACAGCAUGGUUGCCGAUCUCGAAGGAGUGGACACGUUUCUGGACGACAUCUUCGUGGCCAGCAAAACCGAAGAGGAGCACCACAAGAUGCUCAACGCACUGUUUCAACGCCUUCAAGCCUACGGUUUCGUUCUGAGGGAAGAAAAGUGCAACAUUCUGCAGCCGGAGGUAAAGUACUUAGCGCACAUUGUAGACGAGAACGGACUCCGUCCAGACCAAUCCAAGGUGGAAGCCAUUGUCAAGAUGCCACCGCCCAAAGAUGUCACAACUCUACGCUCGUUCCUUGGUGCGGUGAAUUUCUACGCGAAGUUUGUCCCGGAGAUGCACCAACUGGGGCGGCCACUCGACGCGCUGCUGAAGAAGGAUGCCAAAUUCGUUUGGAACAGCGAGUGCCAGAAAUCGUUCAGGUGCUUCAAGGAAGUACUCCAGUCGAAUUUGCUUCUGACACACUACGAUCCAUCACUAGACAUCAUAGUUGCUGCCGACGCCUUGCAGUCCGGAAUCGGUGCCUGCCUUCUACACAGGUUCCCCUAUGGCUCACUCAAAGCUGUUGCACACGCUUCCCGCUCACUCACCCCCGCGGAGGCAAAUUACGGACAGAUCGAGAAGAAAGGUCUUGCACUGGUGUUUGCCGUAACGAAAUUCCAUCGGAUGCUGCUCGGGCGCAAGUUCACCCUCCAGACGGAUCAUCAGCCACUCCUGCGGAUAUUCGGACAGAAGAAGGGUAUUCCGGUUCACACGGCCAACCGCCUUCAACGUUGGGCCCUGACGCUUCUGGGCUACAACUUUGACAUCGAGUACGUGUCCACCACGCAGUUUGGAUAUGCCGACGUACUGUCCCGCCAACGGUUACGUCAAACCAGAGGAGGACUUCAUCAUCGCAUCGAUUCAACUGGAAGACGACAUCGAGAUUCCACUCCAGGAAUCCAUCAGUUCGCUGCCAGUUACGUUCAAAUCGGUGCGCGGCGCUACUCUCCAGUGCCCGGUUCUCCAACAAAAAAUCCAGUACAACCAGCGUGGAUGGCCCUCCAAAAUCGAUGA